AGAAGAUGUCUUCAGAUGGGCGGAAACUAGAGUAUUGCCUUUAAGGACAAACAACAAAGUCAGAAGGACCUGCAUUCAUUUCUUCUCGCAAGGGACUUGAAGGCUAGUUUGUCGGGUUGAUGGAUAGGGAAGAGAAAAAAAACUGUUUUCCUCCAUGAGCUCGAGUAAAGUAGGGCAUUUCAUCCCUGCCGAUGAAAAACAAAACUACACCGUGGCCUUGAUCUUGCAGGCAAUAAAAGCAAUAACAGAAGCAGGUGGGAUUCUCUGUUAGGAUUGUUGGCAAGAGGACCCCCCAACCAGUCCCAUUUUCUCUCAACUCUCCCGAAAUUACGGAUAGAUUAGGACCCAGCUGCGUAUACUGAUGAUCUGAACCUGGAAGUACUACGAUGUUUAUAGUAUUCAAUGAUAUUGCACUGACUGAUGGCUGAAACUGUCUUACGAGGAUGUAAGAGAAAGAACGGAUUAAGAUGAGGACUUGGAAUGUGACAACAUGCAAAACAAUAAAUAAGCACUUAUGUAACCAAAUUCUUUCGCUAUACAGCCAACCUUUCAAAAAAAAAAAAAACAAACAAACAAACAAAUAGUCGUCAUUGGGCUAAAAAAAAAACAACAGGCUGGCAAAUAAUAUAUAUGUAAAAAUGGGGGAUGGGUGAGUAGGAGAGGAAUGAAGGUAAAGACAAAGAGAAAGGGAGUGUCCCUACUGGAGGUAGCUUCCAAAGAGGUGGAUCUGGAUCUUAGAUGGUUAUUGUUUGAAGAUAUACAAAAUGUUGAAUUUUGGGAUGACAUAGUUGAUCUGGAAUCUUAAAGGAAUGAUAUAUAUAUAUGCACUCAUGUAGGUGACGUCACAAUGGAAGUCGUCGACCCCGGCUGGAUCGUCACGGUCCUUUUCAACUUCACCUCUGACGACGAUGACAUGCCCAAAGGCGACCAGUACCUUGACCCCGAAGCCCUGCUGGUCAACCGCCACAAGCAGCCCUUCACCAUCGCCCUCAUCAUCAUCUACGCCCUCAACUUUACUGUGGGGCUGGUCGGCAACGUCUUCGUCAUCCUUGUCAUACUGCGGCACCGCCACAUGCGGACCCUCACCAAUGUCUUCUUCCUCAACCUCACCGUCGGCGACCUGAUGGUGGUCUGCGUGUGCCUGCCCAUCACCCUCGGCAACUACAUCUACCGCGACUGGGUCUACGGGCAGGCCAUGUGCAAGCUGACGCCCUUCCUGCAGGGCAUGGCCGUCGGGGUCAGCGUCCUCUCUAUGAUGUCCAUCUCCCUCAACCGCUACUUUGCCAUCCUGCGGCCGCUGCGUGCCAAGAUGGUUUUCUCGCGGGGCAAGGUUGGGGUCAUGUUGGUCCUCAUCUGGCUGCUCUCUGCCGCCGCCGUGUGCCCCUUGCUCGUCAUCAACCACGUGACGGCCUACGGGCUGGAGGGGGUCUUCAAGGCGCGCGUGUGCGUGGAGCGGUGGGGGUCGCAGGAGGCGCGGCAGUUCUUCAACCUCCUCAUCUUCUCGCUCCUCUUCGUCCUGCCGCUGUGCCUGAUGGCGGCCCUCUACACGCGAAUCUCUAUGGAGCUCUUCGCCAGCGACGUCCACCUCUUCGAGGCCGCCAACAACGGAAAGCACAGCAGCGGCGGCGGUGGAGGUGGGAUGGGAGGAGGAGGAAACGCUCAGGCAUCACGACUCUUACGUCAGCGGCGCAAAACAGUCCGCAGCCUCAUCCUCCUGGUCGUGCUCUUCGGGGUCAGCUGGCUGCCCUUCUACGUCGUCAACAUCUGGCUGGACUUCAACUCAGGGGACUACACGGCUCCACAAAUACUUACCUUCAUCUACCCGAUCGUUCAGGUGCUGGGCUUGUCCAAUUCGUCCAUGAACCCCGUUGUUUACUGCUGCCUCAGCAAGGGUUCUCGGACUUUCCAACUCUUCUGCCAAUCCUCUGCUGUACUGUUUUCUAAGCAACGGCUUCAGGCGAGCGUUCGCCAACCUGUGCUGCCGGCGGAAGUUGCGCACUCACCACGGUAUCCUCGUCACUCUCAGGUACCGCUGUCCUCUCUCUGACGACUCCGGCGUCGAAAGCAUCGAGACAGUCCUGUCCUGAACAGCACCUCUGGAGGAGCUUCCCUCAGCGGAAGUGACGCAGCCGCAAGAACCAGCCUAGUGUACGGGGAGUGACAACCGGGCUUCCGGUUGGUUGUAAGGGAUCGAGGGAAGAGGAGCCAAUGGUUUCUGCUUCUCGUCCUUUUUUCUUUUUUUUUCUAGACCUCUGCCCAUGUCUAGGAGGAUGCUGGCCGGCGUAGAAUUCCCAAUUUUGGGGGUGUGUAGAUAUUUCCUUGCACUACCUGCAUGGCGUAGCCUCUUCAGUCCAGUAUAUUCUGGAAUAUAUUUGGAAUCUGUACAAAGAAUAAGAAUUCCCUGGGCCUAGUGAAAGUAAAAGAAAGCUCAGCCACACAAUGCUCCAUUUUUUUAUAUCUCUCCUCUAAAUUGUCUAAUAACAACUGCAAGUCGCGACCAACGCAAGAGACCGAUUAAAUGCUAAGUUUUUUUGUUCUGAAAUAAUUAAUUCAAAAUAAUUUACCAAUUCUCAUACUCUGACUCAAAAGCUUUUUUUCGUUAACAUGAUAUAAAUUUUCGACUAUAUGAGCUUUACAUUUUGGAAAGCGGCAAAGACAUAAAUAAAUAAAAUAGGCUCGCUCAUUGAUAAAAAUCUUAUUAGCUUAUGGUCAAGAUAUCCUCGCAUUGGCUGCAUCCUCCAGUGACGUCAGUAAUGUACAUUCAUCUCAUUCCUAAAAAAACAAUCAAUUUUCUGUAACAAACUGAAAACAGCGUUGUGUACUUCUAAAUUUUCAUUUUAUCAAUGUUGAUCUUAAUUUUAUGCUUAUUAACCUGUGUAAUCCUCUAAGUUAGGUGUAACUUCCAUUUCUUCGUGUAUUUCAGCCUUCUUAGCAUACAAAACACUUUUUUUCAGACCUAAAAUGAGCUUUAAGCAAUUUAAUCCACAAAUGGGAAAAAAGUUUUUUUGUGAUAUGUGGGCAUAGGUCUUGUUUUGUAGUGUAACCUCUAAUGUAUGUAUGUGUCAAUAUUUAUAAGCUUGCAUAAGAAACUCUCAUUGAAUGGACACUGAUGAACUAUUCACCAACAUCAUGUUACUUUGAUGUUAUCUUUCAGUGGCAACAAUUUACUUGCAUAAACACUCAUUUUUGCUGAAAACAAUGAUUUUUGACAAUAUUUUACCUAUGUUUAGUGAAGUGUUGUCAAAGAUUGACGCUUCUGAAAUUAUUACUUAUGUUGAGUGUGUGUCAUUAUACUUGGCGUCUGUGAUCUCUAAAUUGGUCCAAGAUGGUUAGAAAGUGAUUGAAAUGUUCAUUUUCUAUGUUUAUAUAUCCAAUUUUCCGACCCAGUGAUGUGCUGUGCAUGUAAAUAAGGGUGUCGGGGUGAGACAGGGGUGGAGCUUCACGUCAAAAGAAAAAUCAGUGAAAGGAAUCCUGAAGUAAUGACUAUCAAGUGAUCUCUCCGGUGACUCGUCCCAUUGUGGUAUUGCGGUGGUGGUCCAGGGGUGAGGUGGGGUGGGUUGAGACAAGAUGGGUUUCUGUGUUCAUCUGUAGCUGUAGAUGGUGAACUCGCAUUAUCACUGCUCAAUAAACGUUCAGUAAUGAAAGGUGAAUGUUCAAAGUUCAUUAACUGUACCUGAAGAAAUGACACAAGAACGGGAAUAACACCAAGCUACCUUCCUGUAGCACCUCCACUAAAAUUCGUCUAUCUACUUUAGCCAUGUUUUACACUUCGUUUCCUUGAAAUCCUUCAGUGAUCUCUUCCUCUACUCUAAGAUUUUCCAUGUAGGUGAACAUACCUAAGGAUUGCAAUAGCAAUCGCUCCUUUGACCAGGUUACAAUUUUUCCAGGUGGAACCAACAUAAAUGCAACAGCAAAGAACCAGUCAAUAAUUAUGUAAUCUGUGUAUUUAUUACGUUAAUAUCAUAAAGAAAAAUAAUUUUAAAGAAAUCCAGUAAAUGUUUUCUGACACCUGACCUCGAAAGAUACAUAAACUUGUAUAAUGGAUGUAUUAUUAACUGCCGAAAGACAGAUAGAGAAAACAUGGGAAAAUAAGAUAAACAGCAAAAUGUGAUUUGUUCUCGUUUGAUAAUUGAAAUUUGUAAAUAAUUGUUACUUUCAUUCCAUAAGCAAAAUGAUUCAUGUUACUCGUCUUGUCUGAUGUUAUUAUUCCUACUCCUGAAACCAACCAAGCGAAAAUAGCAAAAAUAAAAGUGAAACCCACUUUAGAAAAGGUAUUCACGAAUACACUGUAUUGUAUAAUGACUAUUGCCAUUGUAAAAUUAUUGCAUAAUGACUGUUGCUAUUAAAACACAAAACUGAACUCGUAUUGAUGAUAUCUGCUUGGCGAAAAGAAUAGAAGAAAUAUUUACCAAAUGUUUAUAUGACUGUUUAUGCGAAGUUGAAAACUCAGGUUUUUCAGAGCUUUAUUAACAAAUCCGUUAAGAAAUCGCAUACUCUAAAUCAUCUAUCUAACCCUCUGUUGACUUUUACACCUGGACACCUUACCAUUUUAAUGUGGCAUUGAUAGUUUUCCAUGUCAACAAGCAUUUAAUUUUUCCCAAAUACGCUGACGCACAGGCAUGCACAUAUAAACACAUAAACACACAAACACACACACACAAAAAUAGGAAAUCCUUUGAAAAAGAAAAACCCAUCCUUCUCACAGUACUUUCCAUGCCAUAGGGCAUACAAAAUUGAGAUUUCUGAACAGAUCAUAUAGUUUUUUUUAACAGCACGUCUGUUAUUGAUGACAAGCUCAUCAGCAUAGAAUCAUUUAUCCUCAAAACAUUUGUAAUCGGUCCAAAGACGAAUUGGUAAAGGAACAGUUUUGAGCAAAUGAUUAUUUCUCUGGAAAAAAAGUAUAUUUCUUGAAGAACAUUUUCUAUGAAGAUGUUUAGUAACAACGCAUAUGUCUAGGGAUAUUAGUGUACAAAUGUCAUCUCUGUACUAUGAAUCCUUUAAGGUUCUGCUUCAAUUCACUUGAGGACCAUUCUGUUUCUGGUCUGAGGGUUUUUUGUAACCAAUUGGCUUCUGCCGUCCCUUAUGAAGAAACGUUUUAAGACCACAAAUCGCAUUUUUGUAAUGGUCCAAAACUACUCGCUUCAUUCGACCUUAGUCUUCGAAUGGCCAACUGUUGAAGCUGAUUUGCUUUUUUUUUUGUCUAAAAUGUUUUUAUGUUGAUUUUGACUUAACAUGGAUGUGUUUGUGUAAGACCAUAUUGCUCUGUUAAAAGGUUUUCCUUGCAAGAAGGGAAAAUAUCAUUGUGAAAAAUACCAACAGCAUUAUUAUAUUUGUAUUUGUUGAGCGCAGUCCCAGAGAAAGGCCAAAGAUGUUUUCAAUUUAUCAGCUUUCUGUUGAGAGUUUCUGGUGAGUGUUGUCACAUCCAUUGUGAAGCUGAGUAAUGGUAACAAAAGUCAAUAAAUAGAUCAACUCAGUAUUCUUUCGCUUUUACAAUUUACUGAUAAAAUAAUUUAAAACGAUGUUUGUGGGCUAGAACCUGGAUUAAUUUAUUGUUGCAAUUUUGUGUACUUUAUCCAAGGUCCUCUGCUUCAGAGAUAAUGGGACCAAAGAAACAGCAAUGCACUUUGUAAUUCUACAUUGCGAGUUGCUUUUUUAAACCUUUCAUUAAUCUUUCCAUCCCUAAAACAAGCUAGACUGUGAAAACCAAGAAGACAAUUUUUUUGAUGUUUUAUUGUCAUCUUAAAUUUUUAUCUGUGCCGUUGAGUAUCAAAUAAAUCACGUGACUGGAUGUUUCCACAGCGGGAGUUGUUUGCGUAUUUUGCAUGGACCUUGUUAUCAACAAAAGUUAAAGCUUGAUAUUUGUUGACACUUUUAUUGUCUGGUUAGAUUGAUAUAACUGUUUUCCUGUUUGACAAAACAAGAUUUUUCUGUCUUGGGGCAUCGACCGUAAGUCGAACUUCAUUCUUUUUUCGGAUUGUUCGAUAGACCACGUGACCAAAGGACAUCUGACACUACUGUCCUAAAAAACAGCCAAGUACACAUGCUGCAAAUCAGUCAACAGAACCUGGUAAGCCAGUCCAUGAAACUCUGGGUGGAGGUUUUAGUAGAUACAUCACUCAGGUUGAAGAACAAGAAAAUCCUUUUUCAUCGGAUAGUAACUUUACAUGUAACCUAAUUUUUUUAUUUUCAGGUUUUCUGCGGACCAUUUUUUACAAAAAAGUUUUGUUUUAAAUAUAUAUAUAUAUCUAACUGCUUCAGUAUUUAUCUCUAAUGUCUAUUAUAUCGAUAAAUGCUUUUGUGAGAUUUGUUUAUUGUUGAUCUUGUGCUCUGCGGUGAACUGUGCAUGUCUGUACUGGUUGAAGAUUAAAUACCUUGAGCCUAAUUGUAUUUGUGGUCUUUUGUAAGGGGUGAGGGUGGAUAAUGAAUGUUGGAUGUGUGCGAGCACGUGCAUGAGUUUGUAGGA